UCAGCAUUCUGUGGCAAAAGGGGGUUUUGCAGGAAGCGGUUUCUGGUGGCCUGCCAGCCAGGACCGAUCCCUACACUGGAGCCCCGUCCCUGCCACUACCCUGAGGAACCCCCGGACCAGGCCUGGCUGGACUCAUCUAAGGUACUACCAGAUCUACUGCCCAGCCCUGGCCAGGAGGAGCCCAUGCUACUAAGCUUCCCAGGGACUGAUGGCCCUGAUCAGGUAGGACCAGAGGGGGAGAUAGGAAGUAGCCAGGGGCAGCUGACCCCAGUCAGACUGCAAGUAUGCCGGAACCCAUGUCAGUGUGUUUCAGUCAGGAUUCCUCACUGACCAUUAACAGUGUUAACAGCUGCUAGGGCCCUGGGCUGGAAUGCAGUGGAGUGGAUGGGCCUGCGUUUCCCAUGCCACCCGUACAUGGGUGGCAGAAUCCCCCUCCCCCUGGGCUAAGGAGGCCCAUCAAGCCUGAAUUAUUGACUGCUCAGCCCUGAGCCACAAGGGCCUGAGCUAUUGUAACUGUGGGUUUGGGUGCCUGCCCGAACCAAGGGCUGGGCCCCCUUUGACUGUGCUACUGCUCGGUCCUGCCUACAGGGCCUGAGCUGCCUGAACUGCUGGCUGCUCAACCCCGAGGGCAGAGGCCCUCAGAUGAUGUGUAGUGAGGCAGUGUGGCUCCCCUCCUCUCCAGGGAGGGUUGAGCCCCGGCCGCACACUGUCACAAGCCCACAAAGAGUCCAGGCUCCCACAGCAGUUGCCUGAAAGCAGCUCUCCUGCCCAGAGCCAGAGCCUUGGAUCAACAACCCUGCUGCUUCCCCUAGCGCUACAAGGAAUGAGCCACCCAUGCACCACAGGUAUUUCCGAGUUGGGCCAACGCAGUCACCAGGAAUUGACCCCCUCCCCUCCUACCCCAGUCUGGCAGGUAUCCCUAGACCAGCACAGGUCUAGGGUGUGUGGUGUGCCCUGAGUGUCUGAAUUUCUGAACACCCACAUGGGAAAUGCCUUUAUUUUCACAGGCUUUUUUCGGGGGCUGUCUCCACAGCCUGUUUCUUGCAGAAAGGAAUUGGUUACCUAACACUCAGCCUGCCUGGAUGCAGGUGGUAGAUUCUGUAUGAGCGUACACAGGAUUAUAGUCCUAGGGCCAUGGCUCUUUGCCUCCCACUCAGACCUUGACCAUAUUCAGCCCAAAAUCCCACAGUGCAAUCUGACCUUGGCCCACCAUAGCCAGGACAUUCAGUGAUGUCUGCUGGCCUGUAUGCCAGAGGAAGGGGGUGAACCAUUAAUGAGUGACAGCAAUAAAAGCACUGUGUUAGCACAUGAGUGAGGGGUCACAUACCCUCUGGUGGCCCAUGUGCAUGGGAUGAAUUUGUGGCUGCAGAAAGGUCCCCAGGAUGAUGUGGCAGAGCUUUGGUUGGGGGCCCCAGUGUUGGUCACCUGUAGGUCUAGUGGUGACUGGUAUCCUUGGCAGCCUACACUAGCCAAGAGUCAAACAGGGUGGGACGGGACAGGGGUGCUGGUGGGACGGGACAGGGGUGCUGCCAGCUAACACCCAAAGCCUUUCAAUCACCAGCAUUUCCAGCCCAGCGUGAUCCCUGUCCCUGCAUCUCACAAACCCUUCAGCAUAUCUGGCCAUGUCUGUGCCAGCGCAGCAGAGAAUGAGGUGGAUUCCCAUCCCACGAGCUCCCCCCACAUCCUGGACAGCCACAACACCUAGUUGCAACUUCCCUGGGCUAGGUCAGAACCAGUGACCUGGCCAUGGGUCCCUGGCCCAGGCCCCCUUCCUGCCUCCCUCUCCCCAGCUCUUGCUGGCUGUUGGUGGCUUCCAGAGUCCAGCUCUGGUGGCCAAAGCUCAGGAUCUGGCCUCCCCUUUGAGGCCCUGGGGUGGGGAGGAGAGAGGGGAAUAUUGGGGUUGAAGCCACUAGGACUAGAGUCCAGGGGAGAGUGAAUGUGUCAGGCAUUGGGACUGGCCCUAGGAGCUGCUCCAAUAAGUUUGGGUCAAAUAAAAGCUGCUCGGGCAGAGUCCUGCUGCCAGACAGGGCUGCACUCCUAUCUAGCCCUACCCUGCCCCAGAGCCAAGGCUCACCAGGGAGCGGGUGCAAAUAGAAGACUCUAAACACAGUGACUUGUGGGGAGCUAGCAGCUUGACAUGCAUGUGCAUUGAGGUCCUUGCCAGUGCCUCCUGAGGCAGUUUGAUUUCUUUCCUUCCAAGAGAUCCCCUCUGCCCUUCCUCCCCCCCCCCCGACCUCUGAGUAGCUAGGGCUGGGGCUGUUUAGUGUAUCAGACUGGUGGAGGGAAGUGCUGAAGCAGAGGCUAAGGUGUCCAAGCUUUGCAGCCCUGAAGACCAUGCUAGGACCUGUAACAUCCAAGGACUGGAUCAUGUGCUCUGGUGGGGAGGGAAAUGCUGUAGCUGGUGUUUAAACUGGGCUAAGAAAAGUCUGGGGUCUGUCAUUGUUCAUGGAAGGUUAGAGCGGGGGACUGGGAGACAGGACUCCUGGGUUCCAUUCCAGCUCUGUUCUGGACUUAAUGUGUGACCUUGGGCAAGUAACUUUCCCUCUGAAGCUAUGCCUCAGUUUCUCUACCUUGGGCUUUGUCUGUGGAUGGAACAUAGUGAAGGUGCCACAUUUAAAUACAGUCACACUGCCCUUUGCCAGCAGCCAGCUCAUCUGGGAUGCAACUCAGAGGCCUCAUUUGGGGUAGGAUAUACACCCUCUGUCAUCCCACUUGCUUGGAGCUGUGCCUGUGGUCUCCAUGGCCUGCUCUGGCCUGUAUGGGAUGCUGCAUGCUGGGAUUUGCAGGCUCUGUGAGCUGCAACAUGCUUUGCAGCUGGCGUCGCUCUAUAGACCUUUCUGGGCCUCCUCUGAAGGGCUGAUUUUCAGAGGUCCCGAGGCUUUGAAAGCUGCAGAUGGCUGGACAUCUUCUCCAGCUCUCACACCACUCCUUUGCCCUCCCACACAAGCCAUCCACUGGCAAAGGAGCUAUGCAGAAGACGCUUUCCCCUCUUCCUGAGUUUCACAGGCAGCUAGCUCUGGCGAUUUCAACAUGAGCCUCCCAACAACUGGUCUUUUUCUUAAAGCCUGGGCUCCUGGAGUCAGGUGAUGAUGUGAGACUCAGCUUGCAUUUUAAAAUCCAUUCCUAGCCCUGGUGGUUGUGGAGAAAAGCUGGAAAACAUGACCCCCAAAGGCUCUGAGACCAGGAGACCAACGGGGAGAAGAAGCCAGAUGUAGGAUUUCUAAAAAUCUCCUGAGGUUUAAGCCAACCUCAUGGUCUGGAGGCCCAACUUGUGCUCUUGCUCUCUGCCCCUCAAGUCAAGGUGCUUUUCUUUGUCCAGCAUGAGAAUUUAUAGAGGAUCCCUAACUGCUGAGCGGCUGGGAGCCUCCCUCCGGGCUUCAUUGGCCAGAGGGCACAAGGGACUCUAGAAACCCGCAGCCAAUGGGACGCCCGGGAUCGGUUUAAAGGGCGCCCCUGCAACCCUACAAAAGGUGAUGCGGGCCCCCUGCCAGACCAGCCGGGCGGAGGGGGCGGUAGCAGGAGGCGUGGAGUGUGUCUGUACCAGGCCAGACAGGUGCCCCCCUGGGGACGCCACCCCCAGCCCGCACCUCUCUGCAAAGGUAAGAGCUCCGCUGUCCCUGGCAAGCGCCCGCCCCUCUCCCGCGUUAAUCCCCUGCGGUUCAGCCCUGGGUUUGGCAAGUUCGAGGGACAGACUCCCCUCCCUGCUCGGGCACUGCCCCAAGGGGCUGCUGUUCCCCAGCACCCAGGCUGCGAGGCACGCAACAAGCGCAUCGGGUGGUCUGGACAGAUGUGCAGGCAUCGGCUUUGGAUCUGGAUCUCGUCUGAACGUGGCUUCUCUCCUGAUCUGCCCCCAAAGGAAAGGCUGGGUGGGGAGAGCAGGUCCCGGGGGGGUGGCCUUGCAACGCUGGCUCCAUCGGGUGGCACCAGGAGCUGGAGCUAUGGGUCCGAUCGGAUCCGUGCCUCUAGCCUAGUUGCAUAACCAGUGUCAUGUUCACUUUGUGGGUGGUGGCAGAGGGGGUCUCUCAGACGGUAGGAGCUUUGAGGGCUCUUCAUCCCCUGCCUGGGUGGGGGAGGGGGGGAAAGAUUGCCUUCAGCAGAGGCUCUGAGGCUUGGCCAGAAACUCUUGUGUCCUGGCUCUGAGUGACCUGGAGAGACUAGCUCUGUGCCUCAGUUUCCCUGUCUGUAACUGGCUAUGCUUGACAUUGCCCUGUCUCCCAGGUGGCAGUAACCCCUGAGUGCAGAGCAGUCAGGGACUCAUGAAGCCAGUUGUGGAUCUGGCUGUGUCAGGCAUAGAGUGGAAGAGCCCCUCUUUUAGAUGCCCCUGGUUGGCUCUGCCUGGCUCCACGCUGCCUGCUGUAAGGUUUGCUGAAGAGCCCAGGAGCUGAUGAGUGAGAGGAGACUUCUUGAGCUGCCCCAUCCUUCCAUCUCUCUGGUCUGCUGGGCAGCUAGCGAUGGGUCUGGUUCUCCAGGCUCUCUGCCAUGCUUGUGGCUGCUGUUCCAUUCUCAAGCUGCUAGUGCCUGGGGCCACCCUGAGCCGCCCUCCCCCAUGGCAUUGUGUUCCCCGUUUGCUGUGCAGCAUGUCCAGUCUGUUGGUGCACUACCGUAAUGAGACAAUGUGAGCCCUUUAGUGGCAGCAUUUGGCCACCUGUGGGAACAGGAGAAAGCCUCCCUGGAGGCUGCCUCAGCACUUUGUUUUCUACACUGCAUGUCCCAGGUGAAUAGGGCAGAGCCAGGUGCCAGUGUAACUCAUCUCUCAGCAGGUGGAUUCUGUUUUGUUUGCAGGUGGCAAGUUCUCGGUCUUUGUCUCCGUGCUGGCUGCACAGCUCUGUCCAUUGGCUGGGGAGCAGGGGACUCUAAGUCUGGGCAUUGCGCUCACUCAGCGCAAAAGGGGAAUGCUCAUUUGAGGAGCGUUUUCCAAGGAUGAGAACCAGCUGAUUCCUGUCCAUUCUCCUUGGCGCUCCCUGGGCAGGUCCCUGUACUGCCUCAGUUCCCCUGGUGUAAAUGCAGAUGGUAACGCACGGUUGGAAGGUGCUUUGAGCAGAGCCAGUUGGGACUGGAGGGAGCGUGUCAGCAGAGGAUGCCCAUCCUCAUCUCACCCGACAUCGCUGCCCGGUUCAAGGAGAAGUGGCUGCUGCUGCACCCUGAGGACCAGGACAAUGUGGGUGGGGCUGUGACCUUGGAUGACAGCCUCACCAGCUUGCAGUGGCUCCAAGACUUUUCCAUUGUCACCACUGAUCCGGAGAGACCACCUGUCCCCAGCUGUCCUCUCCAGCAGCCUCCCCAGCAGCUCUUCCAAGGGUCCGAGGCCCCGGCCAGCCCACCAGCAGGAGACACUGCAGCCAAGGGGAUGCCCCCGCGUCUAGGCAAACCCACCUCUACAGCCAUCUCCCCUGGCACCAGCUACCUGCCUGGCCUUGGUGCCACAGAGAUUGAUUACAAGAGCAACCCUAGGGUGAAGCCCCCUUACUCUUAUGCCACCCUCAUCUGCUUGGCUGUGCGGGCCAGCAAGCAGGCCAAGGUCACCUUGUCAGCCAUCUACAGCUGGAUUAUGGAGAACUUCUGCUACUACCGGCAUGCUGAGCCCAGCUGGCAGAAUUCCAUCCGGCACAACCUGUCCUUGAACAAAUGCUUCCGGAAAGUGCCGCGGCAGAAGGACGAGCCAGGCAAGGGGGGCUUCUGGGAGAUCGACCCUCAGUACGCCGAUAUGUUCAGCGACGGUGUGGUCAAGCGGAGACGGCCGGCGGCCGCACCCUACAGCCCACCAUGGCAGCGCCCUGCUGUGCCUGCCCUGGAGCCUAAGUGCAGCCUCUUGUCCCCUGUGCCCCACCUGGGGGAUGGGCAGCCAGGGCACACCCCUCACCAGGCCACCUGCUGCCUGGUGCACCAGCACAGCCAACGCUGCCCCCUGCUGGAUGCCCCCAGCCCUCUGCCGAAGCGCAGCUGCCCAGCAGCCAGAACUGCCCAGUCCCCUCUGCUGCCCUCUAGUGGCAGAGAUGCAGAGGCCCUGCGAGGAGAAUUCGACUGGGCUGAUGCCUUUGACGAUGUCUUCCGGGGAAACAGCAGCAAUUUCGAGGACCUGGAUAUUAACGCAGCGCUCAGCUCACUGUCCACAGAGAUUGACCUCGCCAUGCAAGGCAGGAACACUGGACCUCAUCUGGGCUGGCUGCUAGGCAUAGCAGCCACCCCUCCCCCUCAGGGUGAAGAUGGCAGAGCUCACCCUGCCUUGGGAGUGGCCCGUGCUACCCUCUGGAGCAGGAAGACAGUGAUGAGCAGAGGCAAACAGGCCAGCUGGGUCCUGUUCCCUCCUGCCUCUGCCGUUAUCCUGUACUGUGACCUCAGGUACGUGCAGCUUGGUGCCUUAGUUUCCCCACCUGUGAAAUAAGAAUGAUGCUGCCCUCCCCCUUGUCAUGCACAUGAGUGACACUGUUACUGUCCAGCCUGCCCUACAAGGCCAGGCUGGUACCGCCCCACCUCAGCAGAGCAUCUUUCUGAGCCACGUCUGGUCUUAGCUGACCACAUGAGUCAGCGAGCCUGAGUUUACACUGGCCACAUCCCACCUGGGGCUACGGGCUGGCCCGAGCUCCUAGCAUGCCCUGCUCCAGCCAGGGCUCGGCAGCAUGGUGGAAUGGCCACACAGUGAAGAAAGUGGCAGUGGGGAGCCAGCCUGGGUUGUAACUGGGGCAGAGGGGAACAUCACAAACUCUUCAAAGGGGGGCCCUGCUACCACCGUGCCGCAGCUCUGCGAGAUGGUGCGUUCUGGGAACUGGGCAGCUGUCCCAUGGCACUGCCAGCCCUGAGGCCAUGCACUGAGCAGUGCCAGCAGCAUGUGGGACAAAGAUCUUACCACUGGGAGGGAGGAUGGUGGCAACACAGGGCCACUGAGAGACCUCCCCAUGCUGCAGAAGCAGGGUGCUGCAGGGAGCCCCAGGCUAGCCAGCAGCUGGGGUGAAGCACUCUCAUUUGCCUGGCUUACCAAUUAUGAACCCAACUGCCCCCAUGCCCUGAGCUGAACUUUCCCAGGCACCCCUAGGGCCAGCACCACCCACAGUGCAAUUGCAGCUGUGGCCCCUGCCAGGCUGGGAAACCCCAGUCAUGUCAGGGGACGACAUGGCUCUUGUGCUGCAGGUCCCCUUUCCACCUGCUCGAGCCGCUGGAGCCAUGCUGCAGGCUGGGAAGGGGGCAGGGUUGCUCGAAAGAGACGGAGGCUAAAGCCAGCAGCGGUGAGGGGUCCGAGGGUUUGACCCUGCUGGUGCUGCCAGUUCCUAGUGCUUACUGUGAAUGGCCCACCUGUGCAGUCCCCACAGCUGGGGCUGAGGUGGCCUCGUGCAACAGCUCCUGGGAGAUCCAGCUCCUGUCCAGGGCCUUAGGUGGCCACGCGGGGAGGGAGGUAAGAGCUGGGUUGAGGAUGAUCGGCAUAGAGUUGUUAUCCUUAGCUAGCAAUGGUAUUAAGAGUAAGGAUGUAAAAUACUAAAUGGUUAACUGGCUAACCGACCUAAUCGUUAGCCGCAGCCCCAUGGUUCAGCCAGCCAGAGCAGCCCCAGCCGCAGAGGCCCCAGCCUCUCUCCCUUUUAUUGCUUAACUGGUUAAGUGACCUAAUUUUAAUCAUUUAAACGGUUAACUUUGUAAAUGGAUAUUUACAUCCCUACUGAAGAGGGAAAAGAAGCAGAGUGUGAGAGGGAGAAAGUGUGGCUGUGGCUGUGUCCCCUAGAGCGAUUCAGCUUGCAGCCCAGCUCUGCAGGGCCAGGCCGCAGGUGUUCUUGGCGAUUUUGAAAACAAAGCACAAAAUCUCAAUGGAUCUGUGGAGUUUUCUCAAACCCAUGCCCGUGGGAGCUGUGCCUGAGCACCCAGAGGGCAAAUGAGCCGGGCUGAAGCACAUCCUUGUGGCCUUUAACCUGAAAUCACUGGGCUUGCGAUGGCCCUGCAACCUGGCUGAAAUUGUAAACAUGCACAUUCACGCAUGUCAGGAGAGUCCAACGUAACGUUUCCCACUUCCACCCACAUCCUCGCAUCCCCUGCCCUUCCUGGGCCUCAGACACAGCAUCAUGCAAACGGCUCCAUACGUGUCACUCAGGUCACAGUGAUGACUAACUCUCCACCAGUGCUCAGUGCAUCUGCGCCCAAGUGACAUGGACCGGGCAGCGCCUGUUCCCUGGAUGAUGCGCUGGGUGCUGCUGACAGUGUGUUCUUUCCCUGCCGGUGUCUGCGUGCAGGGAACGGGCCUGCCAACCUGGCAUGGCGCUGGGUUUCCUGCGAGAAACCACAGACUGAAGUCUCGGACUUGUGUGGCUUUUUGUGUUUAAUUCCCUUGGGUUUUUGUUUUGUUUUUUAUUGUAAAAGACAAAAAGAAUAAAAAUGGAUUCCUCCA